AACAGAAGAACGCAGCUGGAAGCCAUGAGCCGUCCGUCCUCUGCCGGUACCGGAGCCGGAGGCGGAGGAGUCGGGGCGGGAAAACCAGGUGGAGGGAAGCACGCGGGGGCGGUGGCUGCUUCGGCGGCCGGGGUGAGCUCCGUGGCGGGGUCGGGCUCGGGCUCCUCCGUGGUGUCCCUGCCUCCGGUUGGCCUCCCCGGUCAGUCCACGGAGCUCACCGGGUUGUUUGAGUGUCCGGUGUGUUUUGACUACGUGCUGCCGCCCAUCCUGCAGUGCCAGGCGGGUCACCUGGUCUGCAACCAGUGCAGACAGAAGCUGAGCUGCUGCCCGACCUGCAGGGGCCCGCUGACCCCGAGCAUCCGCAACCUGGCCAUGGAGAAGGUGGCUUCUACCCUACCCUUCCCCUGCAAGUACUCGUCGGCCGGCUGUCUGCUGUCUCUCCAUCACAGUGAGAAGCCGGAUCAUGAGGAGGUUUGUGAGUUCAGGCCGUACACCUGUCCGUGUCCCGGAGCGACCUGCAAGUGGCACGGCUCUCUGGAGGCCGUCAUGCCGCACCUGAUGCACGCUCACAAGUCCAUCACCACGCUGCAGGGCGAGGACAUCGUCUUCCUAGCGACGGACAUCAACCUGCCGGGCGCCGUCGACUGGGUGAUGAUGCAAUCGUGCUUCAGUCACCACUUCAUGCUGGUUCUGGAGAAGCAGGAGAAGUACGAGGGACACCAGCAGUUCUUCGCCGUCGUGUUGCUCAUCGGCACCCGGAAGCAGGCGGAGAACUUCGCCUACCGCCUCGAGCUGAACGGGAACCGGCGCCGGCUCACCUGGGAGGCGACGCCGCGCUCCAUCCACGACGGCGUGGCGGCCGCCAUCAUGAACAGUGACUGCUUGGUGUUCGACACCUCCAUCGCUCACCUGUUCGCCGACAACGGCAACCUGGGCAUCAACGUCACCAUCUCCAUGUGCUGAGGGUGGGGGGGGCGAGGCGUUGAGUUCACUUCCUGUCUCGCCGAAGCUGAACGCGUUGAAGCAGCUCCGGCCGGCGUGACGUCUGUUUGAUGUUUAACGAAAGACGGGACGACGGUUUGUGUCUCUCUACGUGUUGAAAGCGGCGAAGAGCCUCGAGGCCGCCGCUCCGCCGAUGUGACGGAGGUUCGACCGGCGGCUUCAUCAGCUGAUCGGAGCUGGAACGCCGGCCGGGCGGAGCGCGAGCUGUCCGAGGAAACGGACGAACUCUUUUUACCGCAACGAGCCUUACGAGCUUCUGUCGGGUUUAUCGGACUUCCUGUCAGCCGGACGGCGUGUUCACGAUAUUCUGAGCUUUACUCUGAUCUCACAUCCGUCAGCUUCGCCGUGUUGAUCCUUUCAAACAGAGUCGAGUGUUCACGACUUCAUGAGAGGAAGAUCUGGUGUCGUCUUUAUUUGCGCCAGUUCUGAUAGUCGAGGACAAGGCAGCGUUCCUUUUUUUUUGUGGUUUAUCUUUGAGUUCUUAACAACUUUCGUGACAUCCGUGUAGUAAAAAACGAGUCCACACUCUCAUGAAACACAACCUCUUUGUACCAGUUUGGCACCAGGUUAAUAAACAGUGCAGCGCCCCCUUCAGGACAGUCAGUGUCAUUACAAAACCAUCAGAAAGGAGCCGAUAGACUGCAGUUCCUCUGAUGGCCAGAAGGUGGAGCUCUGACAUCUGAACCCUAAAAAUCUGUCUUAUCUCUAAUAAAAGUGGCAGUCUGGGUAAGAAAAAUACAGAUAUAUGAAUAUAGUUUAGCAACUUUAGUACCUAAUUAAAUUAUAUAAACAUCCAAAUUAAACAUAUAUCAGUCCCACUGUGGCUUCGUACAACCAGAGAUAUAAAACACAUAAAAAUAAAUAUAUUAUGACACAUUUAUUUUGUUUGAUUAAAUAUUUGCACACUUUAAAAAAAAAUGUAUUUGACAGUAAAAAGGCACAUGUUUAUAUUUAAAUAAUAACAUAUCUGAAGGGUUUUAUCGUCGGUGGUUUAUAUUUCUUUGUUAUUAAUAUUACUGUUUAUAAAGCGUCUUCUACUUGUUGCCUUUUUUCAGUCUAAUAAACGUUUUAGAGGUUUUAAUCCAGCGUGUAAAUAAUUAAAAUGUUUCUUUUAUUGUGGCCGAAAUAUUAGAAGAAGGAUUCAUGUGUUCGUGUCGUUGAGUCGGUGAAGUUUGAGGUUGUUUUUAUGAUGUUUAGAUGGAAAUAAAACUGUUUAAAAUGUUGGUUAUAAACAGUAAAUCAGAGUAAAGUGAACACGGCCGUUGAUGGGCAGGUUGCUGGUUUAAAUCCCUGCAGCGACUCGUCUCUCAGUCUGGAGCUGAAGCGUUUGGACCUCUGCGGCUCGGCUGUGAAUCCAGUUAAUCCUCAGACCUUCUUUUUAAAAAUCUCAGAUAAAAUCAGCAAAAUGGAGAGAGAAUAAUAAUCCGCCGACGCUUCUUCUUCUUCUCCUCCUGCAAGUCUGUUUCUGCCGCCAGCGCCUUAUUUUUGUACCGCUCACUUCCUACUUCCUGUUCUACUUCCUGUUGGAGCGGUUUGUGAGAGCGGUGCUGAUGAUGAUCUUCUUCCAGGGAAACAUCCGAACUAACGAUGCAACACAAAUAUAUUUAAAUAAACCAGGACUCUUAUUAUUAUUAUUAUUAUUAUUAUUAUUAUUAUUAUUAUUAUUAUCUUUUAAAGCAGGGGUGUCAAACAUGCGGCCCGCGGGCCAGAACCGGCCCGCCGAGGGGUCUAAUCCGCCCCACUUUCCUUCCUUCCAUCUGCCCUUCCUACCUUCCUUUUUUUCUUUCUUCCUUCCUCCCUUUCUUCCUUCUAUCCUUCCUUCCAUCUGUCCUUCUAUCCUUCCUUCCAUCUGCCCCAACUACCUUCCUUUCUUCCUUCUAUCCUUCCUUCCAUCUGUCCUUCUAUCCUUCCUUCCAUCUGCCCUUCCUACCUUCCUUUCUUCCUUCUAUCCUUCCUUCCAUCUGUCCUUCCUCCCUUUCUUCCUUCUGUCAUUCCUUCCCUCUGUCCUUCCUACCUUCUUUCCUUCUGUCAUUCCUUCCCUCUGUCCUUCCUCCCUUUCUUCCUUCUAUCCUUCCUUCCUUCCUCCCUUCCUUCCCCACUUACUUCUGUCUGUCUUAUCUUCCUUACCUCCUUCCUUCCUUCCAUCUUUUUAAUGAUCGGGCCCACAUGAGAUCAUGUGUAUGUGGCCCUUGAAUAAAUGAGUUUGACUUCCUGUUUGAAGGCUUCAUGAGGCGACGCUCCUCUCUGUCUCUGAACCUUUGUAGCAGCUGACCGGAUACCUCUGAGCAGACAGUCUGUAACUAAACUACCAACCUCUCAGACCACAGCGCUGUUUCCUCUCUUUGUUCACUUUAAUCCUCCUGUUG